UAUAGAUGACGAUAAAACCAUCCCUUUACCAUCUCGAAAUUAUGAUCUGGUUGCUCCAGAUAUGUUUCUGCUUUCAGGCCAAGACCUUAACCUACCAAUUCUCUAACCUAUCUAAGUCUGCAACUAAGGUCGAGAACCAGGAAGGGGAAACAGGAGUGUUCACGUUUGAUUUCUUAUCAAGUUACUCAACUCGCCCAAAGAUAAUUGAACAAGGAGUGCAUUUUACUCAACAAGGAAAAUACUUGAAUAUUUCUGAACCAUUAUUCGAAUAUGAAGACUUCUGCUCUAUGGAGGCAUGGAUCUUCAUUAGAAAGCUAGGUUAUGGCACUUUUGUUAAUAUGAAUGUUACACAGAAUGUGACAGGUGGAAGUCCGGUUGUUCAGAAUGCUAGAUUUAUGUUCUGGUUUAGUAAGUCCUGAAGGAUCAUUGAGAACUAUUACCAAGUCGUUAUCAGCUAGACAAAGGUUUUAAUUUCCCAUUUAAAAGCUGAAGAAAUAGAGAGCUAGGACAGCAUAUGCUAUGAUAUAAGAAAAGCUUGGUUUACUCAUUUUAGCCUAGUUAUAGAGUUUUAAGAGCAAAUCUAUAAAGAUUGCUAGCAAAGAAACUAUCCCAAGCGAGGGUAUCCUUGAUGGGGAAAAUGUACAGUAGCCAAAAUCGACUAACUUUUUUUGUCAACUAAAAAUCCCCGAAUAGCUGCUUCAUAAGUUGAAAGGACAAUUUCUAGAAAAUCUAGUACAAAUUUAGGGAUUUGAGCUUACAAAGGAAGUCAAAUGUGAAUACUCCUGCCUCUCCUUCUUGGUUCUUGAUCUGGAUCGUAGACUUGCUAGAGGGUUAGCACUAGGCUUACGGUAAUUCACUGAAUUUGUAGGUCAGGGUUCUGCUAAGUUAUGAAAGUACAGCUUACUUGCUCUGGAAACAGAAGCACAUUUGGAGCAGUCAUAGUAUCACUCCUGUCUGAUAAAGAUAUCAUCUACAACUCUGAGCUUUACCCAGAACCUUAGAGUCCUCAGAUGCAAACACUUGGUCAACCAAAGUGCCUAAGGUAUGUUAAACUAAAGUAGGGUUGCAAACUUUUCUUGGCUACGUAUAAAACAGUGUCUCUGAACUUAAUCUAUUGGUCCAAAAUCUACUUGCUAUAUGUUAUUAGAGUUCAAGAUUUGCAGCUGAAAUAUGGAUUUAAGAAGUAAUUUCAGCUGAGUUUUGAACAACUGCUAGUCUAGAUAGCUCACAAAUGUUUUGCUAGUAGAGAUUAAGGCUGACGGCUAAUAGCUGAUUUAGCAAUGAGAGCUUAAGUAGUCCAGGAUUUUGGAACCUGUGCUUUUAAAAUGGUAUUUUAUGUGGAAUGAGUGCUUUUUUAGACACUUCUGAAGCAAAUCUACCUUCGCUGAUGGGAUUAUUUGUGAGAAAAUAAGCCAAAUUUGGCCAUUCUAAGGUUAAAGCUUUAGGUUUAGA